UGCAUUUAAAAGAAAAGAAAGGCAGCAAAAGCAAUUUUGCGGAAAACAAGUACAGAAAAUAUAAUAGUAGUAGAAAAAUAAAUUUAAUAAAAAGAAUAAUUUAAUUAUAUAGCAUAACAGCAGUGAAAUAUAAAGCAAAUUAAAUUAUGGAAAUCAAUAGAAAAAAGAAAUUUUAUUAAAGAAAAAAAAUAUAAAAUUUUGAAAAAGCAAUUAAUUACACAAAAAAAGUAGUAGCAGGCACAAAAAUGGGCGAUUCGUCAACGUUGGCCAAUGCCGGACCUCGUGUUGUAACCAUUUAUAAAACGGAAACGGGUUUCGGUUUUAAUGUACGUGGUCAAGUGUCCGAAGGUGGUCAAUUACGUUCCAUUAAUGGUGAACUAUACGCCCCUCUGCAGCAUGUCAGUGCAGUAUUGGAAAAUGGUGCUGCCGAAAAGGCAGGCAUCAAAAAAGGCGAUCGCAUUUUAGAAGUAAAUGGUAUUAGCGUAGAGGGUGCCACACAUAAACAAGUUGUUGAUCUCAUUAAAUCUGGUGGUGAUUGUUUAACAUUAACCGUAAUAUCAGUAACACAGCAAGAAGCAGAAAGACUUGAACCUCAAGAAGAUCAAAGUGGUUAUUCGUAUAUUGAUUAUUCUGACAAACGAUCAUUGCCAAUAAGUAUUCCUGACUACAGCAUAAUCAAUCGUAAUGGUGAACGUUAUAUUGUAUUUAAUAUUCACAUGGCCGGACGCCAGCUGUGCUCGCGUCGCUAUCGUGAAUUCUCCAAUUUACACUCCAUUCUUCGCAAAGAAUUUACCGGUUUCAAUUUUCCCAAAUUGCCCGGCAAAUGGCCCUUUCAAUUGAGCGAACAACAGCUGGACACACGACGUCGUGGUCUCGAGCAAUAUUUAGAAAAAGUUUGUGCCGUGCGUGUUAUAGCCGAAAGUGAUGCUGUACAAGACUUCCUAACCGAUUCUGAAGAUGAUAUUUCUGCCUCGCCUGUCGAUAUUAAGGUUAUGUUGCCCGAUCAUGAGGUCACAACGGUGUCGGUGAAAAAAUCCGCAAAUGCUCAAGUUGUAUGGGAGAUAUUAGUACAACGCGCCAAUUUUACUUCCUAUACACAGCAGUAUUUCUAUUUAUUCGAAAUUGUCGAAUAUAAUUUCGAACGCAAAUUACAACCACACGAAAUUCCCCAUCAGUUGUAUGUUCAGAAUUAUAGUACGGCCUCGAGUACAUGUCUGUGUGUUCGUAGAUGGUUGUUUUCGGUAUCAAGAGAAUUGACUUUGCCGCAGGGUGAACAGGCAGCUAAAUUUAUAUUCUAUCAGGCCGUGGAUGAAGUUAAUCGUGGGAAUAUACGAGCCGAAGGACGUUUAUAUGAAUUGAAAGCUUUGCAGGAUGCUAAAAAGGCUUCUGAGUAUUUGGCUUUGGCUCGUACAUUGCCCGGUUAUGGAGAUGUGGUAUUUCCUCACUGUGCUUGCGAUAGUCGUAAAGAGGGUCAUGUUGUGCCAGCAGUGGGCAUGAAAAGUUUUCGUUUACAUGCUUGUCGCGAAGACGGCUCUUUAGAAGCCCAAAUGGUGGAAUUAACCUGGGAUAGCAUAACACGCUGGGAGAGUGAUGAAGAGUCUAUGUCAUUCUGUUUCCAAUACAAUCGACCCGAUAAACCCGCUAGAUGGGUUAAGGUUUAUACACCUUAUCACGCUUUCCUUUCCGAUUGUUUCGAUCGCAUAAUGGAAGAACGCAAAUGGGAGGAUGCUGGCGAUUAACAAUUACAACAACGUUAUUAGAUUUUAAUUUAGUUUGUUAAGAAAUAAAACAAAAAAAAAACCCAAAACCCACUUAAAAUUAUGUUAAAAUGAAAAAAAAAGCGAAAAGUUUGCAAAAGUUAUAAACAAUUAAAAAAAAAAGAAAAACAUUUAUUAUAAUUUUGUAAAUUAUUUAAACCAUAAAAACAUGAUCUAAUUUCUAAUUAUAUUUUAGUAACUAUUCGCAUAUGAAACAAAUUUAUUAUUUAUCUCUUAUUAUUCAUACAUACAUAUGUACUAAUUAUAAACUGUAUAUUAUUUUCUUAUACUAUUAUUAUUAUUGAUCGUGAUAAUUUUGUUAACAAAAUUAUUUAGCGAGUAUUUUAGGAAAAACAAAUUUAAACUGAAUUCCAUAAGAUUUCAAAUCAUUCUUUAACAAAUUUUUGAAUUAUUGUUGUUCUUGAUUUUUCUCGUUUUAUAUUCUAUAUUGUUUCAAUUUUUCUUUAUAAUUUGUUUAUAUUAUUUUUGUGGCAAAUUUCAUUAUUAUUAUGUAUUUAAGCUUGACCAUACAUUUAUAUAAUUAUAAGAAUUUAAAACAAUGCCAUUCUGAUCAAAAAACAAGAAUUCUUUAAACGAAAAAGGAAAAAAAAAAACACUUUAAAUAAAAUCAGACAUACAUA